AUGUUUAGUAGAAACUUAGCCAGAUCCAUUGAAAGAAGCAAGUUCUAUAAUCAAGCGAGACCAUUCUCGUUAGGGGGCUGGUUCAAGUCAUGGACUGAUGCAGCGCAAUCUCAACGUUUAAUCUACCCGCCACCAGCAUCACAAUUCACUACACAAAAUAGAAUUAUCGACGUUUGGGUGUCAGAUAAACAGGAUAUCUACAACUACGUCAAUGUCAAACCCCCUUUGCUACUCAACUUUACAUAUGCUACUCCCAAGGAUAACAAAGUGACACAAGCUUUAUUUGACGUGCUUUCGGACAAGUCGAAGUAUCCACCGGGAAAGGGCCCAGUUUACUUGGUUAACAUUUUGGCAGAUUCCGAAGGUGGUAGGGAAUUGAUGAAGGAAUAUGUUGUUGGAGGUAAAAUUCCGUGCAUUUUGGUUUUGAAGCAUCAAUUGCCAGCGGGAAAAUACGUACCAGACUUGGAAACUUUUAGCGAACAAGACAUUAUCGAGUUCUUGAAGGGAAUAUAG